AACACCACGUCUUGAAGGACAUUUUUUUUCUCCCUCAAGAGCAGGGAGGUAGUUUUUUUUUAAAUAAAGAAUGGGAGACUAUGAUGAAGACACUGCAUUCCUGGGACAAACUGGUCCCUACUUCUGGACUACAUUCUUCCUCCUAAACACAGUUUUUGUGUCAACUGGAUUCAACGGACUCUACAUUGUGUUUGUUGGAGCAGCUCCGAAGCACCACUGUCUCAUUCCAGAAGUCAACCUCACUGAUGAGUGGAGAAAUGCCCUCAUUCCCUUUACGAUAGUGGACGGCGUGGUGGUUCAGAGCCAGUGCAGCAGGUAUAAGCUGGAUGUGGUUAGAAAUCUCUCUGCUGAAGGAUAUAUACCUGGAAGGGAUGUUAACGUCACUAACCUGGAGCAGGAGGCAUGUUUAGAUGGAUGGAGCUACAGCAAAGACAUCUACCAAUCCACUAUUGUCACUGAGUGGGACCUUGUUUGUGACAACCAAUGGAAAGUUCCAUUUGCAUCAUCGACUCUCUUUGUGGGAUACCUUGUGGGGUCCCUUAUCUCAGGCCAGCUUUCAGACAGGUUUGGGAGGAAGAAAGUCGUUUUCAUCUCUCUCGGGGCCCAGUGUCUUUCGGUCCUGCUUCAGUCCUUCUCUCAUUCAUGGAGGAUGUUCUGUAUCAUGUUCCUCUUUGUUGGAGCCUCUCAAAUAUCCAUCUACAUCUCUGCAUUUGUACUAGGCACGGAGGUGUUGAGCAAAACCAUGCGAGUGCUCUUCACGACCCUCGGGGCUUUCCUUUUCUACUGUAUUGGCUAUAUGACACUGCCCUGGAUUGCUUAUGGCAUCAGAGAAUGGAGGACUCUACUCGCCGUUUUGUCAGCAACUUCUGUGGUGUACAUCCCGCUGUGGUGGUUCAUCCCAGAGUCUCCUCGAUGGCUGAUCACUCAGGGAAAACUAGAAGAGGCGGAGCCCAUUGUGAGAGAGGCUGCAAGGAAAAAUAAAGUGGAAGCACCAGCUAUAAUCUUUAAAGAAUCUGAGGACAUGUCUCCUAGCAAGACUUACACUAUGCUUGAUAUUCUGAAAUCCAAGAACAUCAGAUGCAUCACACUGAUGUGCCUCCUUUUGUGGAUGGCUAUAAACAUUGGGUAUUUUGGCCUUUCCCUGAACACCUCCAAUCUUAGUGGCGACCCCUUUAUGAACUGUUUUUUAUCAGCGACUACUGAAGUCCCUGCUUAUGUAGUUUCUACCUGGCUGCUGAAGAAAUGUCCCAGGAGAGCACUUCUCUCAUUGUUCCUCGUCAUUGGAGGAGGAGUUCUUCUGCUCAUCCAGUUCAUCCCUGACACUCUGCAGCAUGUCGCUCUGGCACUGGAGAUGACUGGGAAGUUUGGCUUCACCAUGGCCUUCAGCAUCGUGUACAUCUACACCGCCGAGAUCUACCCCACUGUACUCAGGAACGUUGGCAUGGGAAUGUGCUCUUCUGCUGCACGCAUCGGCAGCAUCACAGCUCCUUAUGUCAUUUAUUUAGGUACAUACAAUAAGGUUCUGCCUUAUAUUCUCAUGGGAAGUCUCACAAUUGCCUCCUCUGUGGUUAACUUCUUCCUCCCGGAGACCCUUCAUAAAGAUCUUCCAGAAACAGUUGAGCAAAUGCAAGAAUGUCAAGGGGUGUGCACUGGACCCAAAAAGGACAAAUAUGUAGAAAACGGAGCAAUGGGCAACCUGCCCGUACAACAUGAGGCCAAAUCUGACGUGCAAACUCUGACGCUUUAGUUUUUUGUAAGCACUUUAUAUUCAAUUUUUAACUGUAGUGUGUUAGUUUUCAGAGUUCAUAUGGUAAUGCUCAUGUGAUCCCAUGUUUAAAUAUGUUAAUUUGUGUUCUGUAGCUGUGAAAAUGUUUGCAAUAGCAAGAGUGAUGUGUGAAGGUGUCAGAAAGUCUAGAUUUGGUGGGCAUGUUUCCAGUUGUGGUUUAAUAUCACGGGAGAUAAAUGUAUGCAAAAGGCUGUGUUCAGAGAGAAACCAGAUGUAGUUUACAUCAGGGUAUAAAAUGAACUGUUACUUUUUUCGUCUUUGUAAUUUCAUCUGCUACCUGUACUGGAACACAGUUGCUAUGGCUGAGCUUGUUAAAUACAUACCUGAAUUGAACAUU